GUUGCAGAUGGAAAUCGAUGGAAGACAGUUGAAAGUACGGGAAAAAACUUGCGUGAGCCUCUAAACUUCCGGUUCUACUCUUAAAUUAUGGUUACAACAGUGAAUUCGAUUAAUACAGAAAUUAACGGUGAAUUGUCGCGUUCGUGCCCGUCAAAGAAAACCAAAAUGGAAAACAAAGUAACUGUUGUUUUGGGUGCUCAGUGGGGCGAUGAGGGCAAAGGAAAAGUUGUAGAUUUACUUGCGGUGGAUUCCGACAUUGUUUGCCGUUGUCAGGGCGGGAACAACGCUGGACACACAGUGGUAGUUGACGGCAAAGAAUUUGACUUCCAUCUGUUGCCAAGUGGCAUCAUCAACCAGAAGUGCACGUCUGUCAUAGGUAAUGGCGUGGUGAUCCACCUGCCCGGACUGUUUGAGGAGCUGAAGAAGAACGAGUUGAAAGGCAUGAAGGGUUGCGAAGGCAGACUCGUGAUCUCGGACAGGGCUCAUCUUGUUUUCGAUAUACAUCAACAGGUCGACGGUCUCCAGGAAGCGGAGAAGGGUAAGAACUCGCUCGGCACCACGAAAAAGGGCAUCGGGCCGGCCUACUCCGCGAAGGCAACCAGAAACGGCAUUAGAAUCGGCGAUCUGCUCGGAGACUUCAGUCUGUUCGAAGACAAAUACCGGACCCUUGUGGCCUCGUACAAACGCAUGUUCCCGGCAUUGGAGUUGAACAUCGAUAGCGAGCUAUCGAAGUACCGAGCGUACGCCGAUCUGGUCCGGCCGAUGGUCAAGGAUACGGUCUCGUACCUGCACAGGGAGAUAGGCUCCGGGAGGAAGGUGCUAGUCGAGGGAGCGAAUGCUGCCAUGCUGGAUAUAGAUUUCGGUACCUACCCGUACGUGACGUCAUCGAAUUGCAGCAUAGGCGGCGUGUUGACCGGUCUCGGCCUACCCCCCAACGUCAUCGGGAACGUUCUGGGUGUCGUGAAGGCGUACACGACGCGCGUGGGCGACGGACCCUUCCCAACGGAGCUGCACGAUGAGACUGGUCAGCUACUCCAGGAGCGAGGGCACGAGGUCGGCGUCACCACCAGACGCGUCCGGCGCUGCGGCUGGCUCGACCUGGUCGUCGUCCGGUACACCGCCAUGGUCAACGGGUACACGUCAUUGUGCCUAACGAAACUGGAUAUUUUGGAUACCCUGAAGGAAAUAAAAGUCGGUGUCGCUUACAAACUGAAUGGCAAGAAGAUUGAUUAUUUCCCGUCUUCGAUGGUGGAACUUAGUAAUGUAGAGGUGGAAUACAUUAGUUUACCCGGUUGGGCGUGCAGUAUAGAGCACGUGCGAGAGCUGGACAAGCUGCCGGCGGAGGCCCGCGCCUACGUGAAGGCCAUCGAGGACUUCCUGCAGGUGCCCGUUAAAUACAUUGGCGUGGGUCAAGGACGGGAGUCGAUAAUCAGCGUCGACUAACAUCGCGGCCCGGCAUCGCGUCUUCGCGUCGCUACUUAGUUUCAUUAUUGUAACUGUUAAUUUUAUCUGCAAGUCGACACGCGCACGCGCCGGCUUGCUGAUUCAACGCUCCACGUGCUCGGUCGGUCGAUGAUUUAGUAUUUUACCUUGUAUGUUCGUAUUAAACUUCGUGUGGUAACGUUCAUAGAUUAAUUAGAAGUGUACGCAUUUUAACCCUUUGACUGUCGUGUAGGUCACCGGUGACCUACACGGCGCUUUAAAAUAAGUACGUCGACUUCUGUUACUAAGGCGCUGAAAUAUCUAGUAGACUCUGGGUAAGACGAAUCCGAAGAUACUGAGAGUGAAUAUAUUACUAAGAGACCUAAAAUGCUAAAACAUACAUUAUUUUUUUAUUGCAUAGAUAGGUGGACGAGCUCACAGCCCACCUGGUGUUAAGCGGUUACCGGAGCCCAUAGGCAUCUACAACGUAAA